AGAUGUGACUGAAAAAUUUAGGUCAUUAAUUUUCCUUACUACUAUUACUUAAAUACAGAUAUUGAUGCCUAAGCAGAUUCCUUAUUCAUUAAAUAAAAAUCAGGAAUUUUGGGUUAUUAUAAUUCAUGCAUAUUUCCUUAUUUACCUUCUCCUUUGCAUUUUUUUGGCUUUUCAUUUUCAUUUUCUUUGCUUAUACGUUUGACUCACAUUAGUUGGAAUGUUAGAUUUUUUUGGCCAUUUUGGUAUAUAUAUAUAGACUUAUAGAGUGAUAUAGUGAAAUUAGAAAAUAUUAAGAAUGAGAAUGUGGGUGUGGUUGUUUGGCGCGGUGGUGGCUGCGGCGGCGGUGGGUGGUGCAUGUGGCGGCGCAGUCACCUAUGACGGGAGGUCGCUCAUCAUCGACGGCCACCGGAAACUCAUCUUCUCCGGCUCAAUCCAUUAUCCUAGAAGCACACCUGAUAUGUGGCCAUCACUAAUAUCCAAAGCCAAAAGCGGGGGACUAGACGCCAUCGACACUUACGUUUUCUGGAACCUUCACGAGCCCCAACCAGGACGGUAUGAUUUCAGUGGAAGACGUGAUUUGAUGAGUUUUAUAAAGGAAGUACAUUCUCAAGGCUUAUAUGUUUGCCUUCGGAUUGGGCCAUUUAUCCAGGGUGAAUGGUCUUAUGGAGGAUUGCCCUUUUGGCUUCAUGACAUACCCAACGUACAAUUCCGAUCCGAUAACGAACCAUUUAAGUUUUACAUGCAAAAUUUCACUACAAAAAUAGUGAACAUGUUGAAAUCGGAGAAUUUAUAUGCUUCUCAAGGAGGACCCAUCAUUAUUUCCCAGAUCGAAAAUGAAUAUCAAAAUGUGGAAAAAGCUUUUGGUGAUGGUGGGCCGUCGUAUGUUCGUUGGGCCGCUGCGAUGGCUGUGGGCCUCAACACCGGCGUGCCUUGGGUUAUGUGCAAGCAAGACGACGCUCCCGAUCCAGUGAUUAAUUCUUGCAAUGGGAUGAUGUGUGGAGAGACAUUUGUUGGACCAAAUUCACCAAAUAAGCCAGCAAUGUGGACAGAAGACUGGACCCAUUUCUAUGACAAUUAUGGCAACACCACCAAACUCAGACCAGCUCAAGACAUUGCAUACCAUGCUGCUCUAUUCAUAGUCAACAAGACUGGAAGCUACAUAAACUAUUACAUGUAUCACGGAGGAACCAAUUUCGGAAGAAAUGCAUCCGCGUUUAUGAUAACUAGUUACUAUGACCAAGCUCCAUUGGAUGAAUAUGGUUUAAUCAGACAGCCAAAAUGGGGUCAUUUAAAAGAGUUUCAUGCAGCAGUGAAGCUGUGUUCACAAACAAUACUUUAUGGAACAAAAACUAAUAUCUCUUUAGGUCCAUUGCAACAGGCCUAUGUCUACAAUGGUGAAAAUGGAGAAUGUGCAGCAUUUCUUGUGAACAAAGAUGCAGCAAGUGAUCCUGAUGUGCGAUUUCAAGACCGAACCUAUAGACUCCCACGAAAGUCGAUUAGCAUCUUGCCCGACUGCAAAACUGUCGCGUUCAACACGGCCAAGGUAAGUAGCCAAUAUAGUACUAGAACAAUGAGGGCCGUUGCGAAGCUGAAUUCACCAGAGAUAUGGCAAGAAUUCGAUGAAGUUAUUCCAUCUUUCAACGAUACCUCGUUGAGAUCAGACUCACUCCUCGAGCAGAUGAACACUACCAAAGAUGUAUCUGAUUAUCUAUGGUACACUACAAGCUAUGAGCAAUCCGAGGAGUUGAACUCUGUGAUCACAGUGGAUUCUAACGGCCAUGUGUUAUGCACAUUUGUGAAUGGAGAAUUUCUCGCCUCGGGACACGGGAUCUAUAGGAAUCAAAGCUUCAGUUUGGAGAGUGGUGCCUCUUUGAAGAGUGGUGUAAACAACAUCUCCUUGCUAAGCAUUAUGAUUGGCCUACCGGAUUCAGGGGCAUUUAUGGAGAAGAGAGCUUCUGGAUUGAGAAAUGUGAGCAUUGGAGACAAAGACUUGACCUUUUCUUCAUGGGGAUAUCAGGUUGGAUUAGUAGGAGAGAAGCUGCAGCUUUACACAGAAGAAGGCUCUAGCAAAGCAGAAUGGAGCAAAUUCAACCGAUAUUCACAGCAACUUAAAUGGUACAAGGCAAGAUUUGAUGCACCGGAGGGGACUGAUCCCGUCGCGCUAAAUCUUGGCACGAUGGGGAAAGGCGCAGCAUGGAUCAACGGUGAAAGCAUUGGGCGCUACUGGAUCUCCUUUCACCAGCCUAACGGCCUGCCUUCGCAGAUAUGGUACAAUAUACCAAGAUCCUUCCUCAAGCCUAGUGACAACCUCCUAGUACUAUUCGAGGAAGAAGCCGGGGAUCCUCUAGGCGUGUCAGUAGACACUGUCUCGAUCACAAAAGUAUGCGGGCACGUCUCAGGUUCCAAUCCGCCUCCAGUGGCUUCGUAUCUGAGGCAACGGGGGAGGAGGCCUAAAGUCCAGCUGCGUUGCCCUCCGAGCAAAAACAUCUCCAACAUUUUGUUUGCAAGCUUUGGGAGCCCUUCGGGUGAUUGCAGCAGCUAUGCUCCCGGGAGAUGCCACUCGACUAGUUCAUCCGCUGUCGUGGAAAGAGCUUGUUUAGGGAGGAGGAAGUGCUCGGUCCCUUGGUCGUAUAGAAGCUUUGGAGGCGAUCCAUGUCCCGGUGUUUCAACACAUCUGCUGAUCGAGGCCGAAUGCCAGUGAUGGUGGAUAUACAAUAGGAACCAGAAGACACAAGGUUAUACAAAAGGGAUCAAACACAUUUAUGUUAGAACCAAAAGAAUAAAGAGCAAGUUACAUAGAAAAUGCAACAAAACAACUAAUUUCCAUUUAAUGCCUAUGUAUCCUCUGAUAUUCAGUGUAUGAUUCAAUAGAAAAUUUUCAGUUAUUCUGCA